AGCUGAUUUCAAGUGUUUGGACAAAAAUUGUUUUUUCUUUGGAUUUGUUUGCAAUAAGCUUGAAUAUGUUAACUUCCAUGGUUAAGGAGCAUCACAAGGAGCAGGCGAAGCGAAAACAGGAACAGGAGGUGCGUCGAAAGGAGGCAAUAGAAGCGUCCAAUGAGCUCACUCAGUCUCUGGUGGACACCCUAAAUGUGGGCGUGGCUCAGGCCUACCUGAACCAGAAGCGGCUGGACGCAGAGGCAAAGCAACUGCACUUGGGCGCCACCAAUUUCGCCAAGCAGACCCACCAAUGGCUGCAGCUCAUCGACCAAUUCAGCACUGCCCUAAAGGAUCUCGGCGACGUGGAGAACUGGGCACGCAGCAUAGAGGGGGACAUGCAUACGAUUAACCAGACCCUAGAGCUGGCCUACAAAGCCUCUCGAGCGACACAGACAUCGAGCGGAGCAGGUACAUCCCUGGAGGCCUCUACUUCAGCGUCGGCAAGUGCAAAUCCCAGUGCUACUUGAGCGUUUUCCAAAGAAUGCAUUUGUAUCCUGUGGAGAUCCAUUGAGUAAGUGUAUGACCGGUUCUGCUUCCCAUACAAACUUAGUUAAUCCUAAUUAAACUGAAAUUUAUAGAAGCUUAAGUAAAUGAUAUGUACGACCAAUUCAAUAAAACGCCCAUUCACAAGUU